UACAUACUGUUUCAGGAACUGAAAAUCUAAACAUAACCCAUUAGACUGUAACCAGUCUAUAGCCAUACCAGUUCAGGUGGUAACCCUGAAUUGCCCGAUCUCAUCUGAAUGUAGUAAGCUCAUUUUAGUCUAGUGCUUAGAAAAGCACCUCGCACGAAGCAGAUGCCCAGUCAGUAUGUGAUGUGACUAAACUGAGGAGCAGCUUUGGAACUCCUGUUUCCAUGGACAGACUUCUCAGACCUAGGUCACAUUCCCAGCUCUACCACCAACUAGCCAUGUGGCUUGGCUUAACUAUUUAACCUUUCUGAAUCUUAGUUCUUCAUUUAAAAAGAGGGGACCAUCUUAUCUCACUGGGAGGUUGUGACAGUAUAUACUGCUGCCUAUCAAUAACCUACUAUGUGUUUCUCCACAGAUGAACGUGGCUUUCUGCCCCUCGGCCCUCCACCCCUGCCCAAUGCUUACUUUCUGGAAACCCAGCCCUGCUGCUGUCAUACAUUUCAGUGAUGUCACAGCUCUCUGCCUGUCAGCUUCAGCACCAUCAUUUGCUGCUCAGCCCAAGUGCUGGCUGAACUGUGACAGGCAGGGUACAGGCAGUGCUGGGCCCACCCAGGCUUGUUCCUAUAGUCCUAGCAUGAGCCCAUCUACAAGGAAGAAGCCCAAGAAUAGAAUGACUUCCAAGGUCAGUCUUUGAAAUAGAGACUGAGUAAUCCCCAGAGAAGGAACCUUACCAAAGAACCCAGCCAUACCAAGGACAGAGUCCUUCUAGGCUUGUGGAAAAGGAAAGAUAAUGGUAAAGGGAGGGCAGGAGAGUUAAUGUGAUCUCAGUUUUGCUCCCAAAUCAAAGUGGCAAAACUGCCAGCACAGGGUUGGUCAAACCAUGCUCAGCCAAAUGGAGAGGCACAGUAAAGGCAUGGGGGACUCCUCCAAUGCUGCCCCUCCCUCUCUCUCUAUCCCUCAGGCGCAAGAUGAGAAACUACAGGACAAGAAGCAGCAGCUUGUCAGCAAACUAUUUGGGCAGAACCGACUUAAAAUGGUGUUAAGAAACUUGUCCCUCUUGAAGCUACUCAAGAACUCAAAUGGCCAGGUCCAAGAACUGCAUAGCCUGGCCAGAAGGUGCUGGAAUUCAAUGCUCAGAGUUGCAAAGAUCUUCCAAAUCUCCUCUGGGGACAAUAAUGCUUGCAAGAAAGUGAAACCAAACAAUGAAAAGUUCCAGGAGACUACAUCCUUUGAGAAGAAAAUAGAGUCUAAGAAAGAAGUCAUAGGAGAACCUAAGGAGAAAAGGACCGAUGAGUGGAAGCCCAAGGAGAGAUCAAAGGGGCCUCGUGCAUCAGUGCCACGCAAAAAGAAGGUUCCACCUAAGGUUCCCAGAAGACCAAAGGGCCGUGACCUGAGCACUAGCGCCCAGAAGAAGAAACAACGGACUAAGAGCCCCCAAGUUGUCUUCCUGAAGACCUAUCACCACAGAACUCCCAUGGGGGACAUGAAGCAGCAGGGUGCAAACCAAUUGUUCUGGUUUGAGGGGCUGCCCACACGUGUCCACCUCCCGGGGCCAAGGGUCCUGUGCAGAUCCUCUACCCUACGCUGGGUCAAACGCUCCUGCACACGUUUCUGCUCUAUGUCACUUUGAGUUGUCUGUACACCAUCCAUACAAGGUGGGUGUGACCAUACCACUGUCAGGGCAGGGUGAGACGCAGACCUCCCCCGCCCCCACGCCCCAGCCAGGCUCAAGGCUGGGCCCUAGAGCCAGUGCUUAAGAUCUUGAGUCUUGAGGGCUGUCUUUGGCAGUACUGAGAGGCCCUGCCUUCGUGCCCAGAGAAAGGAAGCCAUUGUGUGGGCCACAUAGCAGAGUGGGAGCUGGGCUGAGGAUGCAUCUCAGGACUGACUCGCGCUCUAGGGAAGAAGAUGCAUCAAAGUGUGGGUCCCAAUGUGUGUCAUCUCAUUACCUGGAGGCUUCAAGAGGGGUGGGAACUGCUAAAGCUCUGAAUCUCACAGUCAGUCAGAUUCUUAAGAGGGCGUAGGGCAUUCCAAAUAUGGGAGGAGGGAAGUGGCUAUGUUGGACUUUGCUGCAUCCCAUUUUCUCUUAGACCAAAUCAACUCUAUAUUCCUUCUAUGGGCGAAAAGGUUCUCAGGAAAGGAGGGGGGUGACUGACUCCAGAGGUCCAGCUUAAAGGGUUUCCCUUUGGGAAAACCAGCAUCUCCAACCUGCCCAGAAACCAGUGUUGACCCUGUGCUUGUUCACCAAACAACAGCGCCCUCUGGGGGUGAUUUUAGCGACUAACACAGAUCUCUGUUCACAGGUGGUGUGACCCUGGAUGGGAACCUGAAGUGUAAGGAGAGAACAGUAGAGACCCUGCAAUCAGUUGAACAGGAGGGAAUAGGCAGGAAAUUUAGGAGUCUACAAAUAAAAUUGUCCAUAUGGCACUGAACGAUGCUACCACUGACUCUGCCUGUCUAAAGUUGUCAAGCACAUAAGUAUGGAGGAAAGGGGCACCGGGGGAAGUAGGGAGUGUAUGUUAUGACUUAGGGCUAUGCAGGCCCCAUCCCCAGGUUGCUAAGGUCAUUCUAAAACCAGAACAGAGAAUCUAGGAAGCGGGAACCCUCUACCCCUCUGAUCUAGCUGGCUAGAGCCCCUCACCCACUAGAAAGCUGGUUUCCUCAAGCAGUGCACACUUCCUCUAUGAAGUCAGAGACCAUCUGUUGUUUCCUAGGUGUAGAGUGCCUCACAAUGGCCCUGUGAGCCAAGGAGAGGGGGAACCUUGUACUAGCAAAUGAUCUACCCAGGCUCUCUCAGAUAGGAAUCACGGGAACAAAAACUACCCCUAGGUCUCCUGGCUUCUUUUCCACUCCAUUUCCCCAAGAGAAGAAAGUCACAUGGAGAGCUUGACUGGCAGGUAGGACAAUCCCAGAAUCCACCUCACCACUGAUUAUCGAGUGUAUGGUGUCAGUAAAUGGGCCUCCUGGGUCACAGAUCAUGGAUCCCGUCUAAUCUGGCCCAACUUUGGUCACAGAUCUUGGAAAAACACCAGGUCAGGCAGGGAGCUGGCACCGUGUCCUAUUGCUCAGGUGUGACAUAGCAUGUCAUCUUUCAACCCCAACCCCAAGUGGUUAACUUCAUCUGGUCUGGGUCACCCUCUAUCAGGAGCUAUAGGGCCUUGUAUACACAGUUGGGAAGAGAGGCCAAGGGAACCCAAUUUUCUUUGGAUGAAGACUAUAACCCUCUUUAUAUUCCCCUGAGCCUGGCUGCUGAGUGUGUGCCCUCAGGUGAGCUGCCCAGCCAUUGAGCCCCUGGGGCAGAGAGCAGGGUCACAGAGCCCUUCUGGAGAGGCAGGGUAGUCACAAAGAGGUAUCACUUGGGAGAGGGAGGAUGGAAGACAACCCCUUAACCUACCCUUCACUGCUCCUCCCUACUAGUGCCUGGCACUUGCCAUCUGUAUUGUAAGGGCAGCCCAAGGGCCAUGGGCCAGGCAGAGCCAAGGUUGGCACCAGGGGUAUCCACACCACACUGUUGCUGUUCAGCCUUGGGGAGGCUAUUGCCCCUACUGUGUGCUCCUUCCCAUGGGCAGAGCCCAGGGCCAUCUAAGCAUGAAUGCCACUACUCCUACUACUCUCCAGACACCCCAGACACUCCUUUUCCAGCUGCCUCCCAGCUUGCACUCCAGCUUUUUUCCCCAGUGGUCUCCAUUUUGGUUCCCAUCAACUUAGAAAACCACCUUUACUCAAUUUCCCUUCCCAAGCUUCUGUUCAACUUGUGUAGUGAACUGUCCUUAGCAAACCAUCAGCAGGUGGCCAGUAGCAUGCUCUUUGUGGAAGCCUAAACAGAGAGAGUCCCAAGUAGAGGCCCCAAUGGGGUGGGCCAGGAUAAGCCUGGCAACUUCUUGGUUUGGGAUGCCUACAAGCAUGCCACUCAGUGUAGUGAGGCCUGUGUACAGAGGGUGAGAUUCAAAUUCCCAGGGAAACAAGGGCACAGGUAGAGGACACGAGUGACUCCCAGCAGAACUUCCAGCCUUAUUCCCAGGCCCCUGACUCUGGCACCAACCUGCCUCCCACAGUCUCACAGCUUAGAUCUUGCCACCACCCACUUUCCCUUUAUCUAACCACUUUGGUCUGAGGCGCAUCUGGGUUUGGUAAGAUCCUUUUCUGAGGAGAGAUUACCCCAGAAAUGGCUUCCUAACAGUUAACUGGGGAAAGGUGGGGUGGAGUGGGUUUUUAAACUCAAUGUGAGCUUGUACUGAGUAACUUUUAAUAAGCCACAGGACUUUUGAACCUGUUUCCUUUUUUGUGCUAGGGAUCAAAUCCAGGGCACUGCACGUGCAAGUAAGCAAUCUACCACCACAGAGUCACAUCCCAGCCCCAAUUUCAUUCAUUUAAAAAAAUGGGGACUCUGGGGGCUGGAGA